UACCUAUAGACCAGAGACAUCUUCUCUGUUGAAAUUAAAUUUUAUUUUUAUAUACUUAGUCAUAACAGCUGUGUUUGCAUAUUUAAUUGGUUUUGGAGAAGUAGAGCUGUCAUUGAGCGAAACAUCAAUUCCAGAAAAGACAGGGGGUGGAUUUCUUUAAAGAUAAAUGUGAGCUGUAAGCAGACCCCUCAGUCCUGACCCAGCCCGGGUUGGGGGGCUGGCAGGGAGGUGGCAGGAACAGCGGGGGCAGGAACCCUGCCCUGCUGAAGGGCUCUGUCCCCCGGGCUGGUCCUGCCUCCCCUCCGGCUGAGUGAGCCCUACGGUGGCUGGGACGGUCCUUGUGGGAACGUGCCAUCCCCGUGGGACAUCAUCCCAACAACUCACUGCCCUGCCAGACUCCGCGCUGUGGAAAUAAACGUUCAAAGUCUGCACUUGAUCAAAAACACGGGAAAAAGGACGGAGAGAGAGACAGACAGACAGAGAGCUGCAGCCAGUUCUUUAAGACCAGCUGACACUCAGGACACAGAGAGCUCCAGCUCCAGACUCGCAAGUGACAGCAUGGGUUGCAGGGAUCAAGGUUGCUGAGCGAUUUGGCAGACAGGCCUGAGUUCAGAGGACACACGUGCUCAGGCUGAGUGUCCUGCCUGUUAGUUCACUGCCAUGGGAAAGAACGAGCAGGGGUUUUUGUGGAGUGUUGGUCUGAGCCUUGUGUUGUCGUUGGGUUGUCAUCACCUCCGCCUCGGGCGGGGGCACCGGAGUGGGAGUGGGGGGCGAUUGCAUCAGGCCCGGCCCGGGACCUGAUUGGUCUGCCCCUCGUGGCUUGAUUCAUGAGCUAGAGGACCGAGCCCGAGGCAGCCUCAUAGCCGCUUCCCUGCUGCCCAGAGACAGCCUGCCCGCCGGGGCUCCGUGCCCACCAUCGGUGCCCGGAGAGGGGUCCCUGCCUGCCAGGGACAGUGGGAGAAGGCUGGGACACACUCCCCUGCAGGGACAGUCUCGAUUUAAAAUGCCGUCUCGUUCCUCGGACUGCGUUUUCCAUGCCGUUGAGGAUGUUAAAGUCUUUAGCGAAGACGGGACGAGCAAAGUGGUGGAGAUACUGGCGGACACGACAGCCAGGGACCUGUGCCAGUUGCUGGUUUACAGAAGUCACUGUGUGGACGACAACAGCUGGACGCUGGUGGAGCACCACCCGCACCUGGGAUUAGAAAGGUGCUUGGAAGACCAUGAGCUGGUGGCCCAGGUAGAGAGCACCAUGGCAAGUGAAAGUCAAUUUUUAUUCAGGAAGAAUUAUGCAAAAUACGAGUUUUUCAAAAAUCCCACGAAUUUCUUCCCAGAACAGAUGGUUGCCUGGUGCCAGCAGUCAAACGGCAGUCAGACCCAGCUUCUGCAGAAUUUUUUAAACUCCAGUAGUUGUCCUGAGAUUCAAGGCUUUUUGCACGUGAAGGAGCUGGGAAGGAAGUCGUGGAAGAAGCUGUACGUGUGUUUGCGGCGAUCCGGCCUCUAUUGCUCCACAAAGGGGGCUUCAAAGGAGCCCAGACACUUGCAGCUGCUGGCCGACCUGGAGGACAGCCGCAUCUUCUCCCUGAUGGCUGGCAGGAAGCAGUACGGUGCCCCCACGGACUAUGGCUUCUGCAUAAAGCCAAACAGAGUCAGGAACGAGGCCAAGGAGCUGCGGUUGCUGUGUGCCGAGGACGAGCAGAGCCGGACGUGCUGGAUGACGGCCUUCAGGCUCCUCAAGUAUGGAAUGCUCCUUUACCAGAACUACAGAAUCCCUCAGCAGAGGAAGGCCAUGCUGUCCCCCUUCUCAACUCCAGUGCGCAGUGUCUCUGAGAACUCCCUUGUGGCCAUGGAUUUUUCUGGGCAAACAGGAAGAGUGAUCGAGAACCCAGCUGAGGCUCAGAGUGCAGCCCUGGAAGAAGGCCACGCCUGGAGGAAGCGAAGCACGCGGAUGAAUGUCCUCGGGAGCCAGAGCCCCCUCCACCCUUCCACCCUAAGUACAGUGAUUCACAGGACACAGCACUGGUUUCACGGCAGGAUCUCCAGGGAGGAGUCACACCGGAUCAUUAAGCAGCAGGGGCUCGUGGACGGGCUUUUCCUCCUCCGUGACAGCCAGAGUAAUCCAAAGGCAUUUGUCCUCACGUUGUGUCAUCAUCAGAAAAUUAAAAAUUUCCAGAUCUUACCUUGCGAGGAUGACGGGCAGACCUUCUUCAGCCUUGACGACGGGAACACCAAAUUCUCUGACCUGAUCCAGCUUGUUGACUUUUACCAGCUGAACAAAGGGGUCCUGCCUUGCAGACUGAAGCACCACUGCAUCCGCGUAGCCUUAUGACCUCAGGUCUACCCUGGCUGCAGGCUGGAGGACGCUGACACUGGAGUGAAGAGGUCUGUGCAUCGUUCGGAACACAAGUCUGUCUGCACCUCGGGGCUCGGAGCAAGUUGGGUGCGUUCAGCGCUGACCGACCACGAUCGACUGGUUUGUUGGACUUGACGAUGAUUUGCUGCUGCAGAUCCAGCAGGGCCGCGCCCCUCUCGCUGGCCUCAUCGGGGAGGUCGGAAGACAGCAGACUCGAGCAUAAACUGGAAUGAUGGUCUUGGCUGGGCCGUGGAGGCACACGAGCUGGAGAGAAGUGAUUGGAAAUGAACUCUCGCCCUGGAAUAAUCUUGACAAUUAAAACUGAUAUGUUUA